GACUGUGUUGGCAAUUAGUUCAUUUUAAGAACAUAAUUUCUCAGUUUAAAAAUGUCAGUAGUUACCAUCUAGGUUCAUAAUUUUAUUUCAAGAUUUCAGGAAUGCUUAAAAUAUCCACAAAACCACAGUACUGAAUGGCUUUGCUGUUAGAGCCAUCAGCCAGAACUGCAUUAAAAACAGCAGCUAAUUGGGGACACUGUCCACGUUCACCUCUGCAUGCAUCAACGGGAUUCUUCAAUUUCCUUUUGAACUACACAAGAGAGAAAUAAUUAGGAUUUUGACAGCUGUCUGAGUCAUGAGAUCCAAGAGGGGGCUGGAACAGGUGACCCAAUCUUAGCCAUACUGAUGACACAGCUUACCUUGACAGCUGAAAGAGGGGCUCUGCUCCACCCACUCCCAAUCUGUGUGUGUUUGAGUACUCAUCAGAGUAAUAAAUCUUCCAUCCAACAAACAAACCUUCAUGAACUCUAGUGGAACUGAAGAAAACAGCGAUGGGAGACAAAAAAAAAAAUGCUUCACGAGAGCAAUUUUAUUCAGUAUUUUUGGUGGAUAAGCUACAAAAGAGCUUCUUGCUCACAUGACUUACCUGCUGUGAUAAGCCAUGUAAGCGUGGACACAUUUCACAGCUUAGACCAUAAUCAUUGCAAAUACCGAGGCUGCAAUCUGUAAUAAACCCAAGCAUUUUGGUUUCCAAAUUAAACUGUGUCCAGUGCAGAUAUGCAGCUGCGGUAAUGGUGGGUUUGGCGAGUCAUUACAUCUGACAGCAGUGGUAGGGUUUGUCAGGUAAAAAGCUCUUUAGCCAAACCGACCAGCAAGAUAACCGUCAUAUCCAUUAAAGCACAACUGAGGCCAAAGACCAAAAAACAGCUGGUUUCAGAUCAGUUUUACCAGCAGUUUGACUCAAAAUGGAGUUAAUUAAAGUGACAAAUGAAACAGAAAUGCAAGGUGCUGUGUUUAGAAGUCUUUACAUAUUACCAUAAUUACUUCUAUGGGUCCUGCAUGAAAAAGAUACCAAAAAAAAUGUUGUAUUUAUUUGGAAUAUACCGAAAACUUAGCUGCGAACAGUUGUCACAGUCUUUUAUUCUCAAUUCACUUCUCAUAAUCUGUACUUCUUGCAAAAAAACAUGCCAGCAUGUAGUUUCCCAAGGUCAUCUGUGAGCAGCGAGGCACAGAUUUCAAUGUUGAAAUGAGUAGUUGUCAAGUAUGUUAUUAACAGUGGGAUCUUUCUUGUCGUCACGUCUCCUGCUCCUCCAGGCUCUUCAGGUUGUCGUUAGACUGUCGAGGGGGAGAAGUCACCUUCACCGGGACCCUCAGGAGAGGCAGAAGCAGUAACUCUGGUAGGACUGAGACCGAGUCAUGUUUUCAAAUUGAUAUGUGUCAACUGAGGCAAAAAAAAUGUCAGCUGAAACUCUCUAAAUGUUGUAGUUAAAAUUUGCAUCAUUUUCGUUAUUAUUCAAGCGCGUUUGCCUGUCAGUAUUUGUGCAUCAGGCUCAUGUACAUCCAAAAUGUAAUAUAGCUGCAGAAGAUAUUUUUCCAGUUCCCAUUGCAUUCAUUAAUGAUGACUCGAUAGAGUGUGACUUAGUGAUAAAGGCUUUGUGGCUCUAAGCAAAGAAAAUCUCUUGCUUCACUAAAAUAGACAUUUUGCUACAUUUAGAUUUUGUGAGGAUAUGUCAAAUAAGAUAAUGGACAAGUUUUAGUAACAGAGGGAAAAACUGUAACACAAUAUCCCUACUGAAGCCUAUAAAAUGAUCUCACUCUGCGAUAGCAGACAAUACACUUCAACACCAUCCUUUCAUUCAGGGUGAUGCAUCAAGGGAAGUAAUUACAGUCACUACUGGCAGAUCGAUGACUAAUGCUGACAACAGUACCUUAGUCUAUAAAACCCUGAUUUUCCUCAGCCGAGUUAUAGCAGGCAACAAAGAACCGUCCUUUGUAUUAAACAUACAGCCUGUUUAUUAUUACAGAGACUAUCUGCAGGCAGUGUGUAUGUGUUCAUCUGAAGUUGGCAAAAAGGCGUUUUUGAGGAAUUUUACAACAAUGUGGAUUUUCACUCUGGUUCUGUUUUUGGGAAAUCUUCUUGUCGGUGAAACGGCCAAAAACCAGGACUCAGAACCAUCUCCUGUAAUUGAGCUCUCUGCAACAACCUCCCCUGGUUUUUUAAUACUGGAAAAGGAGAAAUCCAACAGCUCAAUUCCUCCACCUCAAGUAGCAGGACCAAAAACAUCACACCCUCCUAUGUGUUCAGAGUCAGCUGGAAUCAGAGUCACCUUCAAAUAUGUCAAUGUUAUAGUUUCCCUGGUUGUUUUCGUUGUUGGAAUAGUCGGGAAUUCCGCCUUACUUCGAAUUAUCUACGUAAACAAACGCAUGAGAAGUGGCCCUAACAUUCUCAUUGCGAGCCUUGCUUUGGGAGAUCUAAUCCACAUUGUGAUAGACAUUCCAAUCAACGCUUACAGGCUCAUGGCAGAAAAUUGGCCCUUCGGUUUAGUACUUUGCAAACUCAUUCCCUUCAUACAAAAAACCUCUGUUGGAAUUACUGUGUUGAGCUUAUGUGCCUUGAGUGUUGACAGAUACAGAGCUGUUGUGUCCUGGAAUCAAAUCAAAGGCAUCUGGGUUUCAGUGUGGACAGCAAUUGAAAUAGGUCUGAUAUGGGUUAUUUCUAUCCUGCUGGCUGUCCCUGAAGUUGUGGGCUUUGAUAUGAUAACAAUGGACUAUAAAGAGAAGCGUCUCACGAUAUGUCUACUACACCCAAUGCAAACCACGGGGUUCAUGCAGAUUUAUAAAGCAGUGAAAGACUGGUGGCUCUUUGGCUUCUACUUUUGCAUGCCACUAGUUUGGACUGCAGUGUUCUACACGCUGAUGACCAGGAAAAUGCUGAGAAAAACUGAAACUACAUUAUGCGAACACAUCAAGCAGAGAAGAGAAGUUGCAAAAACUGUCUUCUGCCUGGUGAUUGUGUUUGCACUCUGCUGGUUGCCUCUGUACCUCAGCAGAAUCUUGAAAUUAACAAUUUAUGAUGAAAAAGAUCCUAAUAGGUGUCAGCUGCUGAGCGUCUUUCUUGUCCUUGACUAUUUUGGCAUAAAUAUGGCAUCCCUGAACUCAUGCAUCAACCCUAUUGCAUUGUACAUUGUCAGCAAAAGAUUCAAGAGAUGCUUUAAGGCAUGUCUGUGCAGGUGUCUACCUCUUCAAGCUGUUGCCCAUGACGAGAUGCAGUCUGUUUUGAAGUCCAGAAUGCAGGAUCAAGCCUCAGAGCAGAGCUGCAACAUCAAAGCUCACAAGCAGACUCCUGUACCUGAACCUGAGCAGGAGAACACCUUACUGUGCUAACAAAACUCACUUUGAAAACACUUUGUGAGAUUGUCGAUAUAUCUUUAUUAAAUAUACAUGGCCAUCAAAACAGCUACAAAGGCAGCUCUAUCGGCAGCUCGGCAACCUUGACAUGCCAUCCUAAUAAUAUAAAAUACCUUCUGAAUAACAUGGAGCCCUGUCUUUUGUAAUGCUGUCGUCAGUUGAACAUCUGCUUUGGCAUGAGCAACCUGGAGUCAGACUGUUCAGACUAUUUGCCCUCGAGGCUUGACUCACUCCCUAACAUUACAUCAGAUUUUACCUAGUACCUAUCCUGUAUCAUGCAUCACAGUUCUCAAAUCACUGUUUUGGGCACGAUGUUAACCUGGCACCCAUCAACAGAAAUCUUGUCACGGCUUAGCGCCUGCAUAUAUAUAUUAUCUUAAUUCUGUUUCUGGAUUCUGGAAAGACACUAUGCCAGAGGAAAUUAAGCGAAGGGGAAUUCAGAAUUAUCAUGGUGGGUUUUAUGAGGUAGGGUGUAUUAUUAUCUCAUACUAUUUACAUAUCUGUUAACUUUCAUAUGCCGCACAUCAUUUCAAGAGUUUAUGGCAUUCUUUUCCUGCAUGAACCUUGAGAAAUAUAUCAAAUUGGUGCCACAAGAAGAUUUCGUCUCCACUACUGAAUGACUGAUUGAUGGUGGCCUAUUUUUAAUGCAUUGUUAAAUGUGUAAUGCAUGGAGACACUUUAUGAAAGACCUGUGAGUGGGGGAGAAGAAAAACGAAGAUGACAGAAUGAGGUCAGGAAGAGAGAGGGAUUGGGGGGAGUCUGAGGGGGGCACCUGAUAGGUCUUCCUGUCACAGGACAAGGCAAGCACAAAUAGAGUGCUGCUCUCCCAGCUAACGCUGUAUCAGUCUGCAGAAGUGUCUCGACGCUGUGUGCUGGAAUGCCUAUUAAAAGUUUAUCUCGUGUAAGUAAACUUGACUGUUUGCAAAAAUGGAGUCGUUUGUUUGAAUAAAAGCUUCUGACUUCUUGUUAUGCUUUGUGACGCUUAUACAAAAGAGAGGUGCAUACUGAUCAAAGAAAGCCUUUAUUUGAAUGCUUUUUAUUUUUUUGAACUGUUGUAUACACCAGCGAAAAUAAUAAAAACAG